GCAAGCGCAGUGUCCUCGGCGCGUCAGCCCACUUCUGGCUGGCCUCGGUUCUCUUCUCCAGACCGUCGCUUUUGGGUUCCGUCUUCAAGACUUUCGUGGUGUGUUGAUGUCGGAGGAGAAGGACAGAAGCCCUUCAGGGAAGAUGGGAGGCGAGGAGAAGGCGAUAGGUGCUGGGGAGGAGAAGCGAAAGGAAGGAGGCAAGAAGAAGAACAAAGAAGGAUCUGGAGAUGGAGGUCGAGCAGAGUUGAAUCCUUGGCCUGAAUAUAUUAACACACGUCUUGAGAUGUAUAAUAAACUAAAAGCAGAACAUGAUUCCAUUCUGGCGGAAAAGGCAGAAAAAGAUAGCAAGCCAAUUAAAGUCACUCUUCCUGAUGGUAAACAGGUCAAUGCAGAAUCCUGGAAAACUACACCAUAUCAGAUUGCUUGUGGAAUUAGUCAAGGCCUGGCUGACAACACUGUUAUUGCUAAAGUCAAUCAAGUUGUUUGGGACCUAGACCGUCCUCUGGAGGAAGAUUGUACCUUGGAGCUUCUCAAAUUUGAGGAUGAGGAAGCUCAGGCAGUAUACUGGCAUUCAAGCGCUCACAUAAUGGGUGAAGCCAUGGAAAGAGUCUAUGGUGGAUGUUUAUGUUACGGUCCACCAAUAGAAAAUGGAUUCUAUUAUGACAUGUACCUUGAAGAAGGGGGUGUGUCCAGCAAUGAUUUCUCUUCUUUGGAGGCUUUAUGUAAGAAAAUCAUUAAAGAAAAACAAGCUUUUGAAAGAUUGGAAGUUAAGAAAGAAACUUUACUAGAAAUGUUUAAGUACAACAAGUUCAAAUGCCGGAUAUUGAAUGAAAAAGUGAAUACUCCAACUACCACAGUCUAUAGGUGUGGCCCCUUGAUAGAUCUCUGCCGCGGUCCUCACGUCAGACACACUGGCAAAAUUAAGACUUUGAAAAUACACAAAAAUUCCUCCACAUACUGGGAAGGCAAAGCAGAUAUGGAGACUCUCCAGAGAAUUUAUGGCAUUUCAUUCCCAGAUCCUAAAAUGUUGAAAGAAUGGGAGAAGUUCCAAGAGGAAGCUAAAAACCGAGAUCAUAGGAAAAUUGGAAGGGACCAAGAACUAUAUUUCUUUCAUGAACUCAGCCCUGGAAGUUGCUUUUUCCUGCCGAAAGGAGCAUACAUUUAUAAUACACUUAUUGAAUUCAUCAGGAGUGAAUAUCGGAAACGAGGGUUUCAGGAAGUGGUGACCCCAAACAUCUACAACAGCCGACUCUGGGUGACCUCGGGCCACUGGCAACACUAUAGAGAGAACAUGUUCUCCUUUGAGGUGGAGAAGGAGCUGUUUGCUCUGAAACCCAUGAACUGCCCAGGACACUGCCUUAUGUUUGAUCAUCGGCCAAGGUCCUGGCGAGAGUUGCCUCUCCGGGUAGCCGAUUUCGGGGUGCUUCACAGGAAUGAGUUGUCGGGAGCACUCACGGGACUCACGAGGGUACGGAGAUUCCAGCAGGAUGAUGCCCACAUAUUCUGUGCCAUAGAGCAGAUUGAGGAUGAAAUAAAAGGCUGUUUGGAUUUUCUGCGUACAGUAUAUAGCAUAUUUGGAUUUUCUUUUAAACUGAACCUGUCUACUCGCCCAGAAAAGUUCCUUGGAGAUAUCGAAGUAUGGAACCAAGCUGAGAAACAACUUGAAAACAGUCUGAAUGAAUUUGGUGAAAAGUGGGAGUUAAAUCCUGGAGAUGGAGCUUUUUAUGGCCCAAAGAUUGAUAUACAGAUUAAAGAUGCAAUUGGUCGGUACCACCAGUGUGCAACAAUCCAGUUGGAUUUUCAGUUGCCCAUCAGAUUUAAUCUUACUUUUGUAAGCCAUGAUGGUGAUGAUAAGAAAAGGCCAGUGAUUGUCCAUAGAGCCAUCUUGGGGUCAGUGGAAAGAAUGAUUGCUAUUCUCACUGAAAACUUUGGCGGCAAAUGGCCCUUCUGGCUGUCUCCUCGCCAAGUAAUGGUUAUUCCAGUGGGACCAACAUGUGAUGAAUAUGCCCAAAAGGUACGGCAACAAUUUCAUGAUGCUAAAUUCAUGGUAGACAUUGAUCUGGAUCCGGGCUGUACAUUAAAUAAGAAGAUCAGAAAUGCACAGUUGGCACAAUAUAACUUCAUCCUAGUUAUUGGUGAAAAAGAGAAAGCCAGUGGCACUGUUAAUAUCCGUACAAGAGAUAAUAAGGUGCAUGGAGAGCGUACAAUUUCUGAGACCAUUGAGCGGUUGCAGCAGCUCAAGCAGUCACGCAGCAAGCAGGCAGAGGAGGAGUUCUGAUGAAGAGUUUACCCGGAUUUUCUCAGCAGGACGGAUGGGCAGGGUUUCCAUACCAUUAAUUUUAUACUCUAGAAAACAUCGAUUCAUACUGAAUUUGGAAUAGUUUAGCAGAGUCUGCGUAGGUGACUACAGGAUCAACCUAUUUUUUGACCACGACAGGUGUUAGACAAUGGUAUUUGGAGGAGGUCAUUAAAGGAGAUGACAUUAAAGUGAUUUUACUUGUUAAAUGAACACUGGAGUACUGGAAAUAAAACAUGAGGAAUGCUUUAAUGUGGGAGGAGGUUUUUAUAAAUUUAAUGCGCUUGAAAAAUAAAAAUUUUCAAAUUUGAUUAAAAGAAAGACUAGAAAUGGAUUGUGUUGUAAAAAUAAAAA